UUUCCCUUCCCCAACUUUUUCUAGAAGCUCACCAUCCAUCACACCGUGGACAUAACUGAACCGUCAGUAACCGAGUAAAAGAGUAAACAUGCCGAAGGGUCAACAUACCAUUCUCCAAUAUAUUUCCAGUGCCCAUUACUCAAAGGUCGCAGAGCAUACAUUACCAGUCCUCCUCGCAAUAGGCAGAUUGAAUCACCCUGACUUAGCGAAGGUGGUCCUAAUCCAAUGAAUCCAUCCGCGGUAACGAAGUAACGCCGAUUGAAUUGCUCGAUCAUCCGUAGUUGACGAAACUCCAGCUUGCAGAAUCUGGACCAAAACAGCAGCAGAUCUCUUCUUUUUCCAUCUACUUCCAACUCAUCUUCUAGUUGUUCCCAUUCUUGACGAUGCAGCCUUGUUGGCCUUCCAGGGUCGUACGAUGGAUGGAGGUGACCCUGCCUCAAGUCGCAUAAUACACAUCGCCAGAACGCCCGAGCGGCGGGCUCAGACGUGCUUUCGAUCCAACGAUUUUGACCGUGUCGACGACUACUCCCUCGAUAGUCAAAAGGGCCCCAUCUACAUUAGGACAAUAGGCACUAUCAAUCCCCACGCCACUAGCAUUAAACACCUGACCGUAGAACCUUGGUUUCGAUAAAGAUGAGGUAUAAUCAUUCUCUUCGUUCGAAUGAAGCUCCAGAUCCGGUACCCAAGACGGUAACCUUUGAUUCCUCUUCUUUGCCUCUUCUGAGAUGAAACCCAAAAAAGACAAUGUCCGCUCUUUCUGCACAAUGGCUGCGAACAUCGCCGUAUACACAUCUUCCACCCGUGCAUCAUAGUCCGGCUCAAUCCCGAACGCAUCGUCUCCUACUAAUCCCAUAAUCCCGUACACUUUGUCCCUCGCGUCCGCAGCCUUGCGCUGCCAUGACGCAUCCAGAGCCAGCAGCACCCCUACGACUCCACGAUGCGCCACAUGAUCUCUCAAAUCUGCUGUUGACCACGCUGCUCGCACAUUCACAUCCGCUUCUACCUGCGCACCUGGCCAAACACCGAAAUUCAAGGCCAGAAACACAAAGUAUGAUAGCUCGAAGAAGUGAGAUAGCGGAACCACUUCGCCGCCGCAGUAAACAUCCACACGGCUCCCCAAAACACUCUCUUGCAGUGUCCACAUGCGCGUCCACCACGGGUGUCUCAGCAAGGCCACCGCUGCGUCUAAUCUCUCGAUCAUAUCAGCUCUUCUGUGCCCUUCUUCUAGCGGAUUUAAAAUAGGCGCGUAGUACGCCUUGAAUUCCUCAUAAGUGCGACCUCUACUUGCGAUUACAAAACUCGAUUCUUUGCCUCCGCGCGCCCAUGUCGAGCCCACGCGCAUGGGGCGAGCGCCUUCUUCAUCGUCAACCUUCAAGGCUUCAUUUAUGAAUUGAAGAAAUUGAACCCCCUUUCGGUCUUUUUCUUCUGUCGGUGAGGCAAUCGUAGGGAGACCGAAAGAGGGCGAGGAUGCACCCAACCAAACAUCCACCACGCUGGCUCUAUGAUAUAUCCUCCUCAUCAAUCCAACCUGGUGAUUUCGCUCUUUUGUAUCCGCUUGAUGAAUGCAGAUUGCAUCGACCCAUAGCUUUCUUGGUGCGUCAUACUUUCGGAGUGCGUGCAGUGCGGCAUAGAGAUUUGGACGGCAGAAAAAUUGGCGGCAGUUUACAAUGAUUUGUUGAUUUGGCGCGUCCGUACCCCAUGUGUAGGAGAGAGCUUCGUAAGCGGGGAGGGGUGAUAGCGGAGAAGCGAAAGCGGGAGUAGCGAAGAGAGAGUAUGCCGCCAACGUGCACUUGAUUUCUGCGGUAGGAUCAGAGGAAGGUUGUAAGGUUAAGAGUCUGAUGGUGUAGGGAGGAAGUGACUCAUAUUGGAAAGGGGAUUGAGAUAUCAUUCUGGAGGUGUUCAUGCAGUGAAGUAAUUGAAGACGACGCUGGCGUUGGAAUGAAUGCCGAUAGUUUAUGCAAGUUAGUGUCGAUUUCUCAAGCGAGGGUAUUGUGGAUGUAGAUAUAGUUGGAAUAGAGAGACUAAGAUCAGGCAGACAGACGUCGACGAGGCUCAGCUGGCAAGCUGUCAGGUAACUCGUGUACAGCGCUUGGCUGAAAGGGAGCCCCGCACUGCC